UUUUAUAUUCUCUCGAGUGGUUACUGUUUCUUCAUUGUCCAAAACUCGUAGGGAAGAGAGGCAGGUGCGAGAGAGAGAGGGGGAAACCCUAUAUUCGAUCUGCUCCGUUCGUUUUCUCGAAUCGAAGGCGAUAUGGUGUUCUACUUCAAGGCCCGACCAGAUGCUGGAGACUACACCAUCUUCAUGGGGCUUGAUAAGUUCGAGAACGAGGAGCUCAUCAAGUACGGCUUCCCCGAAGACGUCUGCUGAUGCAGGUUUCACGUUGAUAAAAUGUCGUCGGCUCAUGUCUACUUGAGGCUUCAUAGAGGCCAGGGGUUUGAUGACAUUAGCGAAGGUGUGCUUGAGGACUGUGCUCAGCUUGUUAAGGCUAACUCCAUUCAAGGGAACAAGGUGAACAACGUUGAUGUUGUGUACACUCCCUGGUCCAACUUGAAGAAAACCGCCUCCAUGGAUGCUGGUCAAGUUGGUUUCCACAAUUCCAAGAUGGUCCGGACCAUCAGAGUGGAGAAGCGAGUCAAUGAAAUAGUUAACAGAUUGAACAAAACUAAAGUUGAGAGAACACCUGAUUUCAGAGCGGAGAGAGAAGCAGUGAAUGCUGCAGAAAGAGCUGAGAGGAAGCAUCAUCUGAGGGAGAAGAAGAAACAUGAAGAGAUAGAGAGGCUUGAGAAGGAGAGGCAAGCCGAUAUGAGGAGUUACAAGGGACUAAUGGUAACUGACAAAAUGACAUCUAACAAAGACAUUGCUUCAAGCAACAAAUCGCUUCAGGAACUCGAAGACGAUUUCAUGUAAACGUGAAGGCUUAUCAUGUUGUAUCAGCCUUGGAUGAUGAUAAUGAUGAUCGGUUUCAACUUUUGUUUCUACCUAAAACCUUAACUUGGUUCUUAUACGAACUCUCUUUCGUCCA